AAUCCGCAGUGGUACUCGACCACACGAGGCUGUGGAUUAUUCUCGAUCGUACCAUCGAACGCAGUGAUCGGAAAGUGCAUCGGAAAUUAUUGAUAUUGGUACCCGGUACUGUUUUUCUAGUUCGUGAAUAGAACUGCGUAGCACGUGUGAUUUUGGUUUUCAUUUUUUCCGUUCGGAAAUUUUUUUCGGUGGUGGUAAUUUGGUUUUGAGUGAUUGUUUUUGUUAUUUGGAUUUGUCGUCAGAGGAGCGUCAAAAUAACAUUUCUAUAGAAGAGCUGUGGGUGAUGAUUUAAAUUGGAAAUGACGGAAGUCGCCAUGAGUUUGAUUCCAUCCCGGAAUCGGAUCGCAACGGUAAGACAUUAUGAGGCGGCACCUCCACCAGGAUUGGAGUUGGUCGAGCCUGGGGAGACUAUCGCCACCACAAAAGAAGAGGAAUGGGUCAGUAAGAAAAAAACUGAAGUAACCAAUACCAAACAAAUCGAAACCCGAGUCAAGAGGCAAGUUGUAUUAGAAGAUGGAAAAGUCGUUGAAGAUUCUGGUCCUAUGGUCACAACUAACACUACAGAGGAUACCGAAACGCAGGAGCAUCACCAAACGGAGUUGCGGAAGUUGGGAGAUGAUGAUGUCGAUGGAUUAAAAGCCCUCGACGAUGGUGGCAAAAAUCGGAAGGCCAUUGCCGGUCAAUCGAAUUGGGUUUCUGUACCCAAUCCCGAUGGUAUCGUCAGAGAGGUUAAGGAACGUAAAAUUAUAUCCAGAGAAGAAACUGAAGAAGUCAAAGAGACGGAAGAUGUCCAACAUUAUGGAGAUAUCACAGACGAAGACUUCAUAUCAGCCGUAAGCUCCGGUAAAACAGAUAUCCGAAAGGUCCUCCGCACGCAGGAAGGAAACCACCAAGUGGUAUCCACAGGACCAAGACUAGUCCUCGACACUAAAAAGAGCAAAAAAACCACCGACACAGAAGAUACUCGAGAAUUAAGUGCUGUCCGUGAGGAUGGUAAAAUCGUGACAGAAACGCAGAGAACUACCGAACACGAAGAAGUUAAGGACGAUGAGCUUCCGGAUGAUGAACCCGAUCAGAAUUUCCAAAAGGAGAGCUCUCAAAGAUAUGUAAAAACGAAAGAGCAGGAAGACGUUGAUUACAUAGCUGAUGGUGUAAACAUUGGACACGAAAUGAGGUUCAAAACCGAAACGAUGGAAGCUGAUCGUCGCGGCGACGGUAUUGACGAACCCGACUUGUUCGAAUCGCUGUCCGCGAGAGCAAGAAGAAGAGGAAAUAAUCGCCAGCCAUAUAGGCCUCGAGGUGUCAGAGAAUGGUCAGAUCAUCGUCAGCACCACUUCACCGAACAACGCAAUUCACCGCCUUACCAAUCUCCAUCGCCAUAUUCAGGUGACCGUACACGCCGGUCACCUAGUCCCGACUACCGUCCUUCCCAUUCGCCUGUACCAGAUUAUAGAAAGCAACAUUCCCCCCAUUCUCCAACUCCAGAUUAUAUACGAAAUCAACAUUCGCCUGUUCCAGACUAUUCCCGAAAUGCACGAAUGUCGCCCAAAAGGGAAGUCGUCACCAUAACUCCUACCCCGCCUAGGAGAACGAAGAAUGAGAGACAGCGUCAACGAGUGGUUGAUGAUCGGAGCAGGUACGAUAACGAAUACCGAAAUACGAGACGAGAAGAGGAACGAAUCCAGAGACUUGCACAUGUCGAAGAACCCCCUCCAGACUACUCACCUCCUAGUCCUCCGCAAAUGCCUAACGGAAAAAGACAUUCGCAAAAAACUAGGUUUGCCGUUGAAUCACCACCGAAACCUCCAAAGUCUGGAAAUAUUAUAGGCCAAUCCAUCCGUAAGCUAGUAGGCAAGAUUCGCUCGGCAAGCGCGGAGCGCAAGGCCCGCCAACGUGCCAAACGGUCGCCGUCGCCCCCAUCGUAUCAACAAGGGCACGUCAUCGACAGCAAUAUAGGCCAUAGCAUGGAUCGGUUAGAUAGACAAGCACCGGUCCAACGGUACUACCUUGGAGAAGACCCUUUCGGAGGGAGUAUCUACGGACGGGAGAACAAGUACGAGGGUGCGAGACCGGCGCGAAAUUCGAGAAGGCCGCGAGAGGUGGUGCCAGAAGAAAGGAGGUCCCAGAGCACCUUGGGUAGAUUUAGUAAAUCAACAUCCCGCUUAGUGAACGGUCAGCACCACACAGACGAAAGAAAUUCGCAAACACUGCCGCGUCAUCUGCCGAAACAAGAAGCCCCUCCAAGACCGUUAACGAACAGAUCAAACAGUACUAUUAACGUUUCGAUCAUCAACACAGUGUCAUCUCCUAGGAAGCUGGAUGGUCCUGUCAAACCACAGCGCACGUUUAAAUCAAAUCUGUCUAGAAGCAAGAGUUUAAACGUACACGGAGGUAUGUACGCGUCAAAUCCGGCACUCAAUCAACCAGUGGGGCUCAAAAGUCCUGGAUUAAUUUCAAGUCUUAACCGAAGCCACAAAGAUAUCAGUGAAGAAUCUUACACUAGCCGUUUUGCCCGAAACGGUAUAAGUGACCAUAGUGAAAAUAAAAAAGUGUUUCUAUCUUCCCUUAAAGACAGGGCUCCAGAGCUCUUUAAAACCCUAGAAGAAAACGAAAGCUAUAAAAAUGGCAGAAGCUACAAUGGGGAUAUUUACGAGCCUCCAACUAGACUACGAGAUACUAAGAUAGUAAGUUCUACUCCAAAUCACUCUGUAUACCGUAGAGGUAGUGCAUCCAGUACAGAUUUUUCGGAAACUUAUCACACUACUACAAGAAGUGACGACCCGCACAAUCCAUCGGUAACAAACACUACAAAGAGUUUCAGUAGAAGAACUAUACCAUCUCACAAUGGAAGAGGUAUGGAAACUAUACAGUCCAGUGAGACUAAAAUUACUAAAAGUAGCCAUUAUAGAGGAGGCCACGAGCCGGCCAAGAAAUACCAUGAAGAUAGAUGGUAUAAUAGUUCUGGGUCAAAACCGGUCGUAAUCGAGGUUAGAAAUUAUAAUUAGUGUCUUUUGUGCCUAUAAUUAUUUUAACUUUAUUUUUAAAGUGUAACUUAUAAUUUUGUUUAUUUUAUCUCAUUAAACGAUAUCUAGAUUUUAACAAUAAUAAACUUGUUAAUAC